AAAGUACAAGAUGAGAUAAUGUGUUUGAAACUGAAAAAAAAAAGAAAACCGAGAACGAUCUUUUGAGGAUUUACCUUUUGUAUGAGCUGGUCAUUUUAUUCUCUGGGAAAUGUAAUUUAGGGCUCACGUGACGUUUCUUGGCUGUAUAGUUAUGCAUAGAGACGUCCCGUUUAGUUCUAAAGGUGUAAUUUUGUAUCGUUGGUUGAAAAGUGACUUCUGAAUACUUCGUAUAAUCUGUGACUUAAAAACAUUUAACAUGUGGGUAAAAACUGCUUCUGGGGUAUAUUUCUUUUGCCAGUGUGUGUCCUUUAAAGUGUCGGGUUCAUUUUAAAGAUAAAUACAGUGAGGGAAAUUAACGUUGUAUCAAAUGAUCCUGUCUCUUUCACCUGCCUUUUAGACAGUGAGAGAUUUGAUUGGGUGAAGUUAGGAUAUGGGAAUGAGAUGAAUAAUUAAAAUCAAUUUCACCUCAUCUGGCACUAGUUUAUUCUAACAUAGAGUGAUGUGUGGAAUUAAGCGUGCCAGUGUUUAGACAUGUAAAGUGAUUAAUUGUGGUUUGUGGACUUAAGAGCUCUUUUUGAUGACCGGUGGUUUGAUUUUUACUUUUUCUCUUUCAAAAUCAAUGCUAGGUCCUUAAGGGGAGCCUUGGGGUGCAUAGCAGUUGUGAAGACCCCUUGAAGUUUCUUUCUUCACUGCUGCAAGGUUAAAAAGGAAAUCAUGACUGAAUCUGCCUCGAGCACGAGCGGCCAGGAGUUUGAUGUGUUCAGUGUUAUGGACUGGAAAGAUGGAGUGGGCACCUUACCCGGAAGCGACUUAAAGUUCCGGGUCAAUGAGUUUGGAGCCCUGGAAGUUAUUACAGAUGAGAGUGAGAUGGAGAGCGUUAAAAAGGCAACUGCUACCACCACUUGGAUGGUACCGACCGCUCAGGAAGCCCCGACCUCCCCCCCGAGCUCCAGGCCCGUAUUUCCACCUGCCUACUGGACAUCUCCACCUGGAUGUCCCACAGUCUUUUCAGAGAAGACUGGAGUACCUUUCAGGUUGAAAGAACCGGUGAAAGUAGAUGGGCUUCAGUUCUGUGAGAACUGUUGUCAGUACAGCAAUGCAGAUGAGUGCCUUUCUGGAGGAAGCUUUUGCAGCCAGAAUUGUGCUCGGCAUAUCAAAGACAAAGAUCAGAAGGAAGAGAGGGACACAGGAGAAGACAAUGAGGAAGAGGAUUCUAAGUGUAGUCGGAAGAAAAAACCAAAAUUAUCUCUGAAAACUGACACCAAGGAGGAUGGAGAAGAGAGAGACGAUGAAAUGGAGAACAAGCAAGACGGGAGAAUCCUGAGGGGCUCACAGAGAGCCCGGAGGAAAAGACGAGGGGAUUCGGCUGUCCUGAAGCAGGGUUUGCCCCCUAAAGGCAAGAAAGCUUGGUGCUGGGCAUCCUUUCUGGAAGAGGAGAAGGCCGUGGCGGUGCCUGCGAAGCUGUUCAGGGAGCACCAGUCCUUCCCGUAUAACAAGAACGGAUUCAAGGUUGGGAUGAAGCUGGAAGGCGUGGACCCUGAGCAUCAGUCUGUAUACUGCGUCCUCACUGUAGCUGAGGUCUGUGGAUACCGAAUAAAGCUGCACUUUGAUGGGUAUUCUGAUUGCUAUGACUUUUGGGUGAAUGCAGAUGCGCUGGACAUUCACCCAGUUGGGUGGUGCGAGAAAACCGGGCACAAACUCCAUCCUCCAAAAGACAGUGAUCCCAUCAGGUUUUCGAGUUGGAAUGAAGCUUGAAGCUGUAGACAAAAAGAAUCCUGCCUUCAUCUGUGUUGCUACGGUAACAGAUAUGGUGGACAAUCGUUUCCUGGUGCAUUUUGACAACUGGGAUGAGAGCUAUGACUAUUGGUGUGAAGCAUCUAGUCCGCACAUUCAUCCCGUUGGUUGGUGUAAAGAACACAGAAGGACCCUCAUUACUCCGCCAGGUUAUCCAAAUGUGAAACACUUUUCUUGGGAUAAAUACUUAGAAGAAACCAAUUCUUUACCUGCCCCUGCAAGAGCUUUCAAAGUGAAGCCCCCACAUGGUUUCCAGAAGAAAAUGAAGCUGGAGGUCGUAGAUAAGAGGAACCCCAUCUUUAUUAGGGUCGCGACUGUCGUGGACACGGAUGACCACCGGAUAAAAGUUCACUUCGAUGGCUGGAGCAGCACCUAUGACUACUGGAUAGAUGCAGAUUCUCCAGAUAUCCACCCUGUGGGCUGGUGUUCCAAAACUGGGCAUCCUCUCCAGCCUCCUCUGAGUGCCACAGAACUAAUGGAAACUUCUGACCAAGGUGGAUGCACAACCCUUGGAUGUAAGGGGAUUGGUCAUUUUAAGAGAUCAAGGCAUCUGGGCCCUCAGAGCGCUGCCAGCUGUCCCUAUUCAGAUAUCAAUUUGAAUAAAGACCGCAUUUUCCCGGAUCGCUUAAGUGGUGAGAUGCUUCCAGCCAGCAUAUCAUUUCCAAGGAAUAAAAGGACAGACACAAAUGAAAGCUCCACAGCUCCUGAAGUCAGAGACCAGCAAACUGAAGAUGUCAAAGAAGACUCUGAAGAGAAAACAGAAAGUGAAAAGAGGCCAUCACAAGAAGCCAGAGGUGCCCGGGAGGAGCCUACCGUGCCGCAGGCGCAGCGUCGGUCAGCUCUGUUCCUGUCCUUCAAGUCCCCCAUCCCGUGUCUGCCCUUGCGCUGGGAGCAGCAAAGCAAACUUCUUCCGACGGUCGCCGGGAUCCCUGCCAGCAGAGUGUCCAAAUGGAGCACAGAUGAGGUGUCAGAAUUCAUACAGAGCUUGCCUGGCUGUGAAGAACACGGAAAGGUAUUUAAGGACGAACAAAUUGACGGAGAGGCAUUUCUACUUAUGACCCAAACGGACAUUGUUAAAAUUAUGAGCAUUAAGCUGGGCCCUGCUCUCAAAAUUUUCAAUUCUAUUCUGAUGUUCAAGGCUGCAGAGAAGAAUUCUCACAACGAACUUUGAAGAUGGUGAACUCUGAGUACCAUCAGCUUUCUGCUUUACAGCUCAUGUUUUAUUCAAAGCACAAGGACGGUUAUAACUCUUAAAUGAGAAGUCUCCAAAACUCAAAAGAGCAACACUAUCGGAUUAUUUAUAUUCCUCGAGAGACAAUAUAUAUGAAUUCUUAAGAAAGUGCGUGAGCUUUUAACCAGGUACUGUCGUAAAACAGUCAUCUUUUGGUUCUGUUCACUGAGCUAAAUUUAUCUUUGUAAAUCUUUUUGUGGCUGGGGGGUGGGGGAAAGGGGGGACUUCAUUAAUUAUUUAUGGAUAAGGGGGGCAGAGUAAGAACUUUUGGCAUUUUGUAAACAUUGUUGAAUUCUCUUUCAUGUACACUGUUUCUUUUUCAAUGCUUUCAGAAACCUUUUUAUAUAAUUGAAUUUCAACUUAUACCAAAUUAGUCAAAACCUGGCUAGUUUAGCCAGCGGGACUGUUACCUGUAUUGUUCCUUUUGUGCCAUAUUUUGAAUUGCAACAUUAUGCUAAGUAUAACUUUGCAAGUCAUGAUGUCGCCCAGCUGCUUGUCAUCUUUUGGUGGGGCUGAAUAAUUGUAACUCUUACUUUUCUUCGGAUCAGUGUUUUGACUUUUGCACGCAUUAUGAAAUGUUCAACAGAUUACUUUUCACCAGCAUCUUUACUAUAAUUACCAAAAACAUGUAUAUAAAAGAAUGGAAUUGAAAAAUAAAAUAUAUCAACAUAAUAAACUA